CGAAAGCGUAAGGAUGAAAAUGAUAAUUUUCAACCAACCACAAGGUCGAAAAUCGUAGUAAAUCCAAAAUGAAUGUAUUGAAUUUACCCGACAUUUGCAAGCAAAGGGGAUGAGAGGAGGAGGUGUAGGAGGGCCGCUCCUUUGCAUCGGCGAUCUGCUAAGUGACGUUGGUGAAGAAGACACCACGACCAGUAAUGAGUUUAUUCAUAAUAGCCACCGUCCCAGUUUUUUCGGAACAGCUGAUUUCACGAAUCAACAUAUUCAAUCUUCUGAUCUCACCAAACUAUAUCAGAACAUAGUGAUCAUGGUGCUAAAGCUAGCAGUGAUUUUUUUUUGAGGAAAAUUCAUGCCAUGCGUUAUAUGGAAAGUUACAAAUGCUUGAAGGAUGCACUAGGUGGUACAUCUCACUCAUGGACAGCUCAUACACUUGAGCUAUGUCUGGCGCUUGAAACGGGAAACAAAUUGAUUCAGUCAAGCAUAUCUCAAGUAACAGGGCUAUCCAAGAAAAUUAGGGAGCUGGAGAGGAUUACCAACAAGGGGAAUUUGGUCAUCAAAGAAGCUGAAUUCAUUCACAGUACCACAACCCUUGAAGGAUCAAUUUGAUUCUUAAUCCAAGCUACACUGAUUUCUCUUCCUUUUGGUUAUAUAAAUCAUGCAUCCUAGAUUGGGAUAGUGUAUAUUUACCUUUGUUGAAAGAUUGUGGAUCGUUUGCAUAAACUUGAUGUUCAACUUUUUUUGAGUGUCUACAUUAUGGAUUUUCUCCAUAAACUUGCACAAGUUUGUGACAUUU